CCCCCAAACAAAAUGGCGGCCCUCAAUCCACAAACUCAACACACUCCAUUUUGCCGUAAAUACUGCGAAAUCGAGCACCACCAGCUUAUAAUAGCUUUGCUUUCAAUGCAUAACAAGUCUUACGGCUACUCUAGACCUGGAUCACUGCAUUUGUUAGCGGAUGGCUUGGAGAAAACCAUGGCCACCGGAUGGAGCAAAAAUGACGAUGUUCCUGAUCAUGAACGAUCUUUGCAGCUACCGUUGAUGUUUUUAGCGUGUGCUUUCGGGAAUUGCAGAACUGUAGAGACGCUUUUGAAGAUGGGCUUGGACCCACUUGUGCAGGUGAAAUCAACAGGAGAGAGUUGUUUACAGGGUGCAUUGAAUUAUCUAUAUAAAUCAGGCGCUUGGACAGAAAACAAGAGAAAUAAGGCCGCUUGUAGAAUGAAGCCGAAACGCAGAAUUCUUGCAUUUUCUGAAAUUUUAAAUACUUUGACUGCAGCUGAUCCCCGGAUAUUAGAACUAAAGGACAAUAACUCUGAGACCGUUUUUCAUGCUGUUGCCAAGAAGUUGUUGUCUUUGAAGAGAUACGAAAAUGAAUUCAAACAGCAUACUAGCAAUGAAUACCAUCUCAAGGCGUUUUGGCGAUUUUCUGUCACAAACCAAAAGGUCCAUUUCCUCUCCUGUUUGGAACAUCUCCUUGCUAAAUUGAUUGAGCUCAAAGAGAAUGGAACUAUUAAACCAGAAGCAGUUCUGGGCAUUAUAAAGAGCAAAAAUAACAAAUCAGAGGAUGUUUUUGAUAUACUAUCAUGUGAAGAGAUGGAGGAUGAGUUAAGAGUUUUCAAGGAAUUAGAGGACAAACUCCAGGGACAUGUGAUCCUCAAAUUGCCUGCAGAUGUUACCCCCCCUCCAAAACAAGAUAGUGACACAGAGCAUCCUAGUGCACAUCAAACGAUACAUGUGGUCUUCAGCUCAGCCUCAGAUAAACCAGUCUCUAGCUGGUUUUCUAGUAUGACAAGGCUCGAUACAAUGCCAACAAUGAGCCUGUAGAGUACCAUGAACAAUCAAGCUGUAGAGAGCAUCGUGUUAAGUGUAGGCUGCUUUGCAAGCAUUUUGUUGUGUUUCAGUGGAGAAAUAGCUACCCACAGUCAUACUCUCCGCUUGCUCUAUGUUUCUACCAUAAUGCUUGCUACACAGGCUCAUAUAUUGAAGUUGAUGACACAAAAGUAUUAACUAUUUGCUGUGUGCUUCCUAGGUACUUUUACAUGCGUGAUCAGUGUUGUUCAUCCUGUGUCUAUGAUGUUAACAACAUGUGUUACCAUAAUGUUGUUAAUGGCUAGUUUCAUCAUGUCUAACAGCAACUCAAUAAUGUCAUCAGCAUGUGUUGUCAUGUUAGUGCCAUCGCCUGUUGUGAUUUUAUUAUCUUGGGUCAUGAUGGUGGUGUCAUCAUUUUUGUCAUAUCCUUGCUAUCAUGUGACAUAGUGUCAUAAACAUGAUUUGUGUCAUCAUCAGCAUCAUUAUCUGUCAUCAGAGGCUACAGGUUUUUGUCAUGUAUCUUUAUUGUCAUGCGUGUGUUGUCACCAGUAUCAAUCUGUUAUGCCUCGAGUUAACAGUGUGCUUUCAUGAAAGUGAGAGGGUCAUUACUAUUGGUUGUGAAUCUUCAUGAGGUUGUUAUGAUUUCAUAAUCAACAUCUUUCAAUCCUCAACAGUCAUCUAUUUGUGUGUCACAGGACGUUGUGUCAUCAUAUACAUGUCAACCAAAUGUGUCAUCGGCAAUAAUAAAAUUAUUGUGUUUGUCGUCA